AUGAAUGUGCGAUUCUGUGAGCUGAGGGACACAGCCUGCGUCUGCUCUGAUGCCGGGCAGCAGCCCAGCAGUCCCACGAGUACUCGCAGCGUUGCAGGUUCUGGAAGCAGAUUCUGCCUUCGGAAGCAGAGCCACGCGCAGUUCUGCGAGAGCCUCGCUAACGGUGGAACGCCGCACGGGCUCGGCACGCUCCGAGAGCACCGUCCCCGCAAGCCCCCUGCGUGCCCCCGUGCCACCUGCCGCUUUUCCUCGCUUUUAUCUCCUACAGCUUUUUCUACUUCUUUCCUUCAAAAGGAAGGUCGGCCACCGGUCGCUCGAACCGCCGCCCCGUCCCACCGCAUCAGUGCGGGGCGGGCCGCAGGGCCGCUCCUAAACCGCAUUUUCCUCUCCCACGCGGCGCCGACGCUCCCCCUUCUUUACGCACCCUACUCCGCGCACGCGCCCGUACGGAUGAGGCGGGGCAGAGGCGCGCAUGCGCCACCCGUCCCCCCGUUCUCCCUCCCUCCGCCGCCCUUCUUACUCCCCUCCCCCCCCCACUCGCGGGCACACGGGGGCGGGGAGAGCGCGCGGGGCGGCGGAGCCGCUCCCCUGGCGGCCGGCGGGGCCGAGGCAGCCGCGCCGGGGCCCUGCGGAGCCGCCGUGAGCGCGCAGCCCCCGCCCAGCCGGGCAAUGGAUAGCGGUCUGCUGAGGAGAAUAUUGAACUUAACCAACCAGACUGCCUUCUACAGUGAGAUCCUUGGCUUGGUGCGUGCUGGAGGAUUAGUGAAUAUUGUUCACCUUGUCUUUAGACACAUAUUAUUGUGUUUUUCUUACAGGUGGUAUCAUGGAAAGCUUGACAGAACAAUUGCAGAAGAACGUCUUCGGCAGGCAGGAAAACCUGGAAGUUACCUUAUUCGAGAAAGUGAUCGGAGACCAGGUUCAUUUGUGCUUUCGUUCCUUAGUAAAACAAAUGUCAAUCACUUCAGAAUUAUCGCCAUGUGUGGGGACUAUUACAUUGGUGGACGUCGCUUUGCUUCACUCUCAGACCUAAUUGGUUAUUACAGUCAUGUGUCCUGUUUAUUGAAGGGGGAAAAGUUACUAUUUCCAGUAGCACCUCCAGAGCCUGUGGAGGACAGGAGGAGAGUUAGAGCAAUUCUGCCUUACACCAAAGUGCCAGAAACAGACGAAAUAAGUUUCCUUAAAGGAGACAUGUUUAUUGUCCAUAAUGAAUUAGAAGAUGGUUGGAUGUGGGUUACAAACCUUCGGACAGAUGAACAAGGUCUUAUUGUGGAAGAUUUGGUAGAGGAAGUGGGAAGAGAAGAAGAUCCACAUGAAGGCAAAAUAUGGUUCCAUGGGAAGAUCUCCAAACAAGAGGCUUACAAUUUGCUGAUGACAGUUGGCCAGGUGUGCAGUUUUCUUGUGAGGCCUUCAGAUAAUACACCCGGUGAUUAUUCACUUUAUUUUCGGACCAGUGAAAAUAUUCAGCGAUUUAAAAUAUGUCCAACAGCAAACAAUCAGUUUAUGAUGGGAGGCAGAUACUAUAACAGUAUUGCUGACAUCAUUGAGCACUAUAGGAAAGAACAAAUUGUUGAAGGAUAUUACCUUAAAGAUCCUGUUCCAAUGCAGCACCAAGAGCAAGUGUUCAAUGAUACACUAGAUGGAAAAGAAAUCUACAAUACAAUUCGUCGCAAAACUAAGGAUGCUUUCUAUAAAAAUAUUGUCAAAAAAGGCUAUCUUCUGAAAAAAAGUAAAGGAAAAAGAUGGAAAAACUUGUACUUUAUAUUAGAGGGAAAUGAUGCCCAGCUUAUUUAUUUUGAAAGUGAAAAACGAGCCACAAAACCCAAAGGACUAAUAGACCUUAGUGUGUGUUCCGUCUAUGGAGUACAUGACAGCUUGUUUGGCAGGCCAAACUGUUUUCAGAUAGUAGUUCAGCACUUUAGUGAAGAGCAUUACAUCUUUUACUUUGCAGGCGAAACUCCAGAACAAGCACAGGACUGGAUGAAAGCUUUGCAGAUGUUUUGCAGUUUAAGAAAAACCAGUCCAGGAACAUCAAACAAACGCCUACGCCAGGUCAGCAGUCUUAUUUUGCAUGUAGAAGAAGCUCAUACGCUCCCAAUAAAGCAUUUUACUAAUCCAUAUUGUAACAUCUACCUGAACAGUGUUCAGGUAGCAAAAACACAUAUCAGGGAAGGGCAGAACCCUGUGUGGUCAGAAGAAUUUGUUUUUGAUGAUCUUUCAUCUGAUAUUAAUAGAUUUGAGAUAAGUCUUAGUAACAAAACAAAGAAAAGUAAAGAUCCAGAUAUAUUAUUUAUGCGCUGCCAAUUAAGCCGAUUACAAAAAGGACAUGCAACAGAUGAGUGGUUUCAACUCAGUUCCCAUGUACCAUUAAAGGGUAUUGAGCCAGGAUCUCUGCGUGUUCGAGCACGAUAUUCUAUGGAGAAGAUCAUGCCAGAAGAGGAAUACAGUGAGUUUAAAGAGCUUAUACUCCAGAAAGAACUUCAUGUAGUCUAUGCCUUAUCACAUGUUUGUGGACAGGACAGAACACUGUUGGCUGGCAUUUUACUGAAGAUUUUUCUUCAUGAAAAGCUUGAGUCCUUGUUGUUACGAACACUAAAUGACAGGGAAAUAAGCAUGGAAGAUGAAGCUACUACCUUGUUUCGUGCUACCACUUUAGCAAGUACACUUAUGGAGCAGUAUAUGAAAGCCACUGCAACGCGUUUUGUUCACCAUGCACUGAAAGACUCUAUAUUAAAGAUAAUGGAGAGCAAGCAGUCCUGUGAGUUGAAUCCUUCAAAACUAGAGAAGAAUGAAGAUGUUAACACUAAUUUGGCACAUCUACUCAGUAUACUUUCAGAAUUGGUAGAGAAAAUAUUCAUGGCUGCAGAAAUACUGCCUCCGACACUGAGGUAUAUUUAUGGGUGCUUGCAGAAGUCUGUUCAAAACAAGUGGCCUGCUAAUACAACCAUGAGAACCAGAGUUGUUAGUGGCUUUGUUUUUCUCCGACUGAUUUGUCCUGCUAUCCUGAACCCAAGGAUGUUUAAUAUCAUCUCAGAUUCUCCUUCCCCUACUGCUGCAAGAACACUGACGCUGGUCGCCAAGUCUGUGCAGAACUUAGCAAAUCUGGUUGAAUUUGGAGCUAAGGAGCCAUAUAUGGAAGGGGUAAAUCCGUUCAUCAAGAGCAACAAACACCGCAUGAUCAUGUUCUUAGAUGAACUUGGGAAUGUCCCUGAGCUUCCAGACACUACAGAGCACUCUCGAACUGACCUAUCUCGUGAUCUGGCAGCCCUGCAUGAGAUCUGCGUGGCACACUCAGAUGAACUUCGGACACUCAGUAAUGAGAGAGGUGUAAUGCAGCAUGUUCUUAAGAAGCUGUUGGCUAUUACAGAACUGCUUCAACAAAAACAGAAUCAGUAUUCAGUGUCUAAUAACAUCAGGUAGCAGCCCUCUACCUGAAUUCUGCAUGGAUCCAGCAUGCCCGACAUGGCAACUCACACCAGUAUCACUUUCUUCUUGCUCUUGCCAAAAAUAGCACACCCUGUCACAUUCCCAGUGAUGUGUGAACUAUGCAAAAAGAAAACAAAGAUUCUGUUGGUGAAUGAUUGUACCAGCAGCUUUUUAAGCUAUCUGUGCAGGAUGUUUGCACUUUUUUUCCACUUGGAAAGAGUUUUCACAACCUCUGAGCCUUGGUGUACAAUUCACCUUCUGCAAAGAAAAUGCUGUGACUGUGUCUUGAACUUUGAAAAUUACUUUCAACACCUCUAAUUGCCAAAGUUUGCUGUCUUGUUGGAAAAUAUAUCAACAUACAAGGAAAGAAAUGUUUUGUCUUGACAGCUACAUAUAACUGGAUAACAUUUCUUACUGUAAUUUCUGACUGGUUACAAUAAUUAUGACUUCUGACUGUUUCAACCACUUUAACUUGUAUUUACAGUUUUCAGAAUUUGAUGUUAUGGUAGAAACAAUCUUUACUGUACACUUUUAUACCAUACUGUUUCUCUUGCUGGAAUCAUGUUGAAAGAGAAUAUGCAGAAUGGAUCUCAUCAGCUUUAUUUUUUGAUGUGCCACUGAUUCAGUCUGAAAUAGUUCUUCCAUCAAGGACUGUAUAUCCAGAUAAAUCACAAUGCUUUUGUAAAAUGUUUACAACAGUAAAUAAUUUGAAUUCAGUAAAUUUAUUGAUCAUUGUAUCAGACAUGCAUGCAUUCAUUAAACCAUUUUAUAAAAUAUGUA